UCAUCCCCAGCCCCUAGGAAAUAGAAUUGGCUGUGUAUUGGUCUUUGGAUUCUCUCAGCAGCCCAUAAUGUAUCUGUUGAGGAAACCGAGGCAUACAGGAGAUGGACAAUUUGGAUCAUAGCUGAGGACAAUGUCCUUGGAUGGCAGGGCAUCCAGUGUUCAGCUGGAAUCUGACUCUCAUGGCGUAGGGCCCAGUCUCCAUGGCAGCGGAGGAUUUAUUACCAGGCCUCCACCCAGCCUGCUGGACUUUGGACUCCAAGCCGGCGUAAAGAGAACCAAACACAGUUCCAGGAGCAAGGGGUGCCUGAGGAUGGCCAAGUUCCUUUCCCAGGACCAAAUUAAUGAGUACAAGGAAUGCUUCUCCCUGUACGACAAGCAGCAAAGAGGGAAGAUUAAGGCCACAGAUCUUCUGGUGUCCAUGAGGUGCCUAGGAGCCAGCCCCACGCCUGGGGAAGUGCAGCGGCACCUGCAGACUCAUGGGAUUGACAAGCACGGAGAGCUGGAUUUCUCCACCUUCCUGACCAUUAUGCACAUGCAAAUCAAGCAAGAAGACCCAAAGAAAGAAAUCCUUCUGGCCAUGCUGAUGGCAGACAAGGAGAAGAAAGGUUACAUCAUGGCAUCCGAGCUGCGGUCGAAACUCAUGAAACUGGGAGAGAAGCUCACUCACAAGGAAGUGGAUGAUCUUUUCAAGGAAGCGGGCAUCGAACCGAAUGGCCAAGUGAAAUAUGACACAUUUAUCCAGAAGAUCACCCUUCCUGUGCAAGACUACUGAGGGAGCCGAGAUCAAGGGAGCAGGGGAUGAGAGCCUCUGGGGCCUGAAAACCUAGACUGAUUCCUUUUCAUAAGGGAAGUAUAGAGAUGGCAAACACAGCAGUUAAGACCACGUGCCACAACCACUGCAUGGUAUAAGUACCAACAGAUGAUGUAGCCACGGCACUGGAUGCCUGUAAUAUGGUCUGUCUUGAGUUCGGUACUAACAGUCUAGCCCUUUGCAGCAUGGAAGGGCCUAUGGUUUGUAGUCAGAGUUGUAUGCCAGUGUUGGCUCUGCAUCGUCAUUCCCUCACGCACUGUACUUCUCAAAACCUUUGGACCUCACGAGGAUGAAGAUUAUGACUGAAAAUAAAUGGUUGGCAACUUGA